AAUAAAUAUAAACAGGGGGAAAAUGUCUGAAAAACCAAGGAACGGAGUACGGAGACCGGAAGAGACGGAACAUCAAACUGGGGUCUCGACCGACGACUUCUGAUAACCACCGUCCAAAGUCAAAACAGUUGGAAUCCUGCUUCUACGGGCGUGACUCCUCUUUGACUUCUACCAGGAAGUCUUAACAGAAUAUUCUGGCCAAUUCUCCGUUACAAUUGUUGUUCAUCAAUCGGCAAUGGACGGAAGAAGUUACGAUCAGUAUGGUGGCGGCGGAGGUCGCGGUCGCGGCGGCUGUAGGAAUAGUGGUGGCCGGGGAUAUGGCGGCGGCGGUGGUAGUAGAGGAGGAGCCGGGGGUUUUUGGUCCUCUUCCGGUGGUUCCAACAGCAGCUCUUGGAGGUCGUCGGGCCCGUCUCCUACUCCUCCUUCAACAAACAGCCAGGCCAAUUCUUCCUCCGGCGGCUCCGACAACAGGCCUUGGAGGUCGUCGGCUCCGUCCCCGAUUCCUUCAACAAAUAAUCAGCCUCGUUCUUCUCCCGGUGGUUUUGACAGCAGGUCUUGGAGAUCGUCGGGGCCAUCUCCAACUCCUUCCACUACUCAGUCUCCUUCUUCUCGAAAUUAUCUGUUAUAAAAAUUGAGCAUGCUAUAUAAGUUAGUCAAUUUGUACAGAUUCAGUUGAACACAAGGCUAUACUUCAAUCAAUGAAGAUUUCAGAAGAGAAGCAGCUACCGCUUCCUUCAAACACAAGAGAUGAUAAAAUCUUACCUAUGAGAAGGCCUGAUAGGGGAUCUCUUUCUGCUAGAUCAGUCAGUCUUCUUGCCAAUCAUUUUUCAGUUUCAUUCAACUCCAGGAGCGUUAUCAUGCAUUAUUCUGUUGAGAUUAAGCCAGCCACGAUUGCUGGUAAACGGCCUUUCAAAAAAUCAAUUCCCAAAACGGUUAUGCGCUCAAUUAAAGACAAGUUAUUCACUGAGGAUGAUAACUUCCCAGUGGAUAUGGUUGCUUAUGAUGGAGAAAGGAACAUAUUCAGUGCUGUUGAAUUGCCUGUCGGGGAGUUUACUGUCACUACUUCUUUCUCUUACAAAUUUACAAUUAGAGAAGUAAGUCGAUUGGAGUGUUCCAAGUUGGAAGAGUAUUUGUGUGGAAAAAUCUCUUACAUUCCCCGUGAUGUACUGCAAGGUAUGGAUGUGGUAAUGAAGGAGAACCCUUCUAAACAUCGAAUAUCAGUGGGCAGGAGCUUUUACUCCAAGAAUUAUGAGGUUAGAGAUGAUCUCAGUUGUGGAGUCGCAGCAUAUAGAGGAUUUUACCAAAGCCUGAAGCCUACUUCGCAGGGUCUUGCCUUGUGUUUGGACUACUCAGUUCUGGCUUUUCGGAAGCCUGUGCCAGUUCUGGAUUUUUUGAAGGAGCAUAUACAGGGUUUUACAAAGGCAGAUGAUGUAAUAAGGAUGAGACGAGAAGUCAUUAAUGCUUUGAGAGGAUUGAAAGUAAAUGUAACCCAUCGAGUUUCAAAGCAAAAAUUUAUUAUAUCUGGGCUAACUAGGGAACCCACUAGGAGUCUUUCAUUCGAUCUUAUUGGUCGAAAUUCUCAGGAUUCAGGUAGGAAAAUUGGGAUCGUGGAAUACUUUUGGGAAAAAUAUGAGAGAAGAAUUGAACAUCUUAACAUUCCUUGCUUAGAUAUUGGAAAACCAAACCAGAUAAACUAUGUUCCAAUGGAAUUUUGUGUUCUUGUUGAGGGACAGAGGAAUCGCCGUUUGGAUCGAGACCGGGCACAGUUCUUGAAAAGAAUAUCAUUGGCUGCUCCAGCAGAAAGGAAGAAUUCAAUAUGUGAAAUGGUGCAAGGGCAGGAUGGACCUAGUGGAGUUGUUGCCGAAAAUUUUGACAUGAAGGUUGAGAAAAAUAUGACACCUAUUCAAGGUCGAGUCCUUGGUGCACCGGAAUUGAAGUUACGAGAAAUGAAUGGCAGUAUAUGUCCUGUGACAGUUGAUCAGGAAAGAUGUCAGUGGCACAUUGAUGGGAAAUCUUUGGUCGGAGCACAAAGCAUUGAGCGCUGGGCCUUGAUAGAUUUCACAUCUACCAGUCAUUUUAAAAUGCACAUUCAAGAGUUUGUCUAUAACUUGAGGAAUCACUCCUCGAGACUUGGGAUGCACAUGGAAGAGCCCGUGGUCUGUUGCUCAACUGGAAUGCAUGAAUUUUCUACUGUGUCCAGGAUUGAAAAACUUUUGAGGAAGGUUGUUGCAGAUGCUCGGCAAGGUGGCUGCCAGCAGGGAAAAGAAUUACAACUGAUUGUUUGUAUCAUGACUAAAAGAGAUCCUGGGUACAAAUAUCUCAAAUGGGUCUCAGAGACGCAAAUUGGCGUAGUUACUCAAUGUUCCUUGUCCACUCAUGCAAGCAAGGCACAAGACCAGUAUUUGACGAACCUUUGUCUUAAAAUAAAUGCAAAGGUGGGAGGAAGUAAUAUAGAGCUCAAUGAGCAGCUUCCUAAUUUUGUCAAUGAAGAUAAUGUAAUGUUUAUCGGGGCGGAUGUAAAUCAUCCUGCUGCCCAAAAUUCCACAUGUCCUUCUAUAGCUGCUGUAGUGGGCACAAUCAACUGGCCUGCCACAAAUCGAUAUGCUGCGAGAAUUCAGCCACAAGAACACCGCAAGGAGAAGAUUGUGAAUUUUGGUAGUAUUUGUCGAGAUCUAGUGAACACUUUUGCGCAGCGCAACAACUGUAAGCCUAAGAAAAUUAUAGUGUUUCGGGAUGGUGUUAGUGAAGGCCAAUUUGGCAUGGUACUCAAUGAAGAACUCCGUGAUUUGCAACGAGCUGUCUGCACUGAGGAUUACUGGCCAACUAUUACUGUUGUUGUUGCUCAAAAGAGGCACCACACCCGGUUGUUUAACUCGAAGGAUGGGGGUGUCAUUGUAAAUGUUCCCCCGGGAACUGUUGUGGACACAACAAUUAUUCAUCCCUUUGAGUUUGAUUUCUAUCUUUGCAGCCAUUAUGGUAGUCUUGGUACAAGCAUUCCCACACACUACUAUGUCCUUUGGGAUGAAAAUGGGUUCACGUCUGACAAGUUACAGAAGCUCAUUUACAAUUUGUGUUUCACCUUUGCUCGAUGCACUAAACCCGUAUCUCUUGUUCCCCCUGUUUAUUAUGCUGACCUGGUCGCCUACAGGGGGCGAUUGUUCCAAGAGGUUGCUAUGGAGCAGUCUUCUGAGUCAAGGUCAGCCGCAUCAGCAUCAUCGCUAUCUGCAGCUUCAUUUCAACAGAACUUCUACACUUUGCAUCAAGACCUGCAAAAUGUGAUGUAUUUUGUUUAGGUUAUCACAUCUAGGCUAACUUGCGCCAACUUGGGAUUUCUCCGUCUUGCUUUUAUUGUUCACCCCCUUUGAUAUAUAGCUAACUUCCUAGAUAGCAUUGUGCAGAAGUUUUCGCGGUUUACUCUUCUUUUGUCACUUAGAAUAGACAGUGGUAUAGUUACUUUAGGUCCUUAGAGUGGAAAUUUAUUUAUUUUAUUCUGGAUGCUCUUGGUGGUUUAACUAUGAACUACUACUAUCUUAAUGAAGGAUUAACAGAGUCCAUUUUAGUGGCAUUGGAUUUCUCUGAUGUUUGCAAUAUUGUGUUCUAUUUGGACAUCUCGAAAAUACACACAAAUAAAACACCAGUGAUAAUUCCUCUUGCCCUUACCAAAGCCCAACAGCAAUUUUUAUAGUAAUCACCACAACAGUCCUCUU